GAUUGGAAAAUAAUAAUUUUGGAAAAGAAUUCCAUAGUAAUGCUAUUCCCCAAACUAACGGAAUUGCUUUUCCAUUUUUCAUUUGGUGGAAUUAUAAUUCCAUUCCACUACUUUGGAUAUCAAUAAAUUAUCUCUUUUCUCCUCCAGCCAUAGGCGAAGCCCCACAAACCCUAACCCUAGCAAACUGAAGAUUAAUCUGCCACCAGCCAUUGUUGUGACUGUCUUCUUCGAUCAUCUCUGCAAGUGACGGGUUCCUUGAUUGGUGGUAGCAUUGCCAGAGAGCUUCUAAGGCUACCGGAGAGUCCUUCGCCUUCCUCUUCGUGUUCUCGAGUUUGCUGUUCUUCUCGAGUUUGAAGGUCCCCAAGAGAAGAGAGUUCCUUAGGAAGUUCAAAAUCUGUUGACGACAUUGCAAUGAGAAAGAUUGCACACCAUGUUUGUGGACUUUCUACUAGCUCAAAUUUGAGCUCUAGUAUUAUGCAUAACAAGGGUGUCUCUGCUCCAUAUGCUUUGAUGAGUUUUCUUUCUUCCAUACAUUCUGGAAGUACAAAAGAAAUCGAGAACAGAGAUAAUCCCAUGAACUUUGUAAGGGGUAUUAUAGAACAAGAUGAAAGAAACCCAAGUGGUUUUAUGCCGCAAAAUGAUAGAAACCCAAGGGGUUUUAUGCCGCAAAAUGAAAGGAGCUCCUUCCCAAGGAGUUCCUUCCCAAGGAGUUUCAUACCACAAGACGAUAGAAACCAAAGGGGUUUUACACAACGAGAUGAAAGAAACCCCAUGAACUUUGUAAGGGGUAUUUUACAACAAGAUGAAAGAAAUUUGUUCGGGGGUUCUCGCUUUCCUCGAUACAAUCUUGAGCAUGAUGCUGAUUUUGUCCACAUAAAGUUGAUGCGCAACAAUACAUUUGUUACAGUUACAGAUUCAAAGGGAAACAAAAAGAUGGGAGCUUCAGCUGGAUCUUUGCCCGAAAUGAAAGGAGGAGCAAAGCAGUCUCGGUAUGCUGCUGAAGCAACUGCAGAGCACGUAGGAAGAAUGUCGAAAAAUAUGGGAUUAAAAUCAGUUGUGAUGAAGGUGAAAGGGUUUACUUUCUUUAAAAAGAAAAAGCAAGCAAUUAUAAGCUGGAGAGAAGGGUUUACUAAUUCAAGAGGGGAUCAGAAUCCAAUAGUAUAUCUUGAGGAUACAACUCGGCGUCCCCAUAAUGGCUGCCGGCUCCCCAAAAAGCGGCGUACUUGAAUAUCCACAAGGAGUCGAGCUUCCAUGAUCUCUGAGCCAUUGAGGACGAUUACAAUUGAGAAACUUCUUGCACUUGAAUAUCAAUAAUAAGAAUAAAUAUUUGUUUAAUUAAAACUGGUACUUAUGUACGAAGUUGAUUGAACUCGUUCUAUACAUAUUACUAGUACUUGUUUAACAACAUCAUAUUGCAAACUGCAAUAUUUUUGAUAGCUUAAAAUAAAUAAACCAGGGGAGUUGAUUUUUCUGUCCUUAAA